CGGACGGUGAGGUGGGAGGUGGGGACGCGAAGGUGACAGGCCGCUUGCGCGAGCGCCCCGAGAGGACCGCGCGGCUCGGCUCGGCUGGCUGCUCCCAAGCGGGGCGCGUAUCAGUCCCGAGGAGGCGGGAGGAAGAGGAGGAGGAGAGCCAGCAAGGAAAGCCAAGAGGGGAAAGUUGCGGAGGCGGAGAUAGAGAGCACCGCUUCGCCCGUGCUUGGGAAAGGUGUCGGAGCCUCGGAGGAGAAAAGGGCAAGGCAUCGGCAGAGCCGCGGCGUUGCUGUCCCCGCUGCAAGCUAGGUCUUUGCUCCGCUGAGCUCUCGGGCUCGGCCUCAGCUUGCAGCGGAGGAGGCGAGAGAAGCGGCGGGGAAGAAAGAAGAGGAACUUUCUGGAUGCGUGGAGCUUUUCCCCGGCUCGGCCCAGGCGCAGCAGCUGCAGCCGAAAAGAUGCGGGCUCCCUUUUUUCGAGCACAGGAUCCAGUCCCUUGCUUAGCUCGCGAGUAGUGAUCCCGGAGGGGACAUUUGAGCUUCGUGCCGGGGCCAAGAGCUUGCUUCUUUCUCUCUCUAGGCAUUGGAGACUCUUAAAGACUGCUGCGUGGAAGAGCCGGCGCUGUGCCCUUUUCCCGCGACACCCAGCGCCGGGAUCGGACCCGGAGAAAAAUUGAAGGAAUUGCCAGUGCUUUGGAUUGAGGUGUCAUGGUUUAACCAAGUGCCUCUGGAGGCCUGCUGACCUCGGAGCAAAGAGUUCAGGUCUAGGAGAAAGAAAGGGGGGAAAAAACAACACGCGUGGGACUUUUCUUUGGUUCAACCCUCCUCCUCCCCUCCCCCCUCCCCCAAUAAAGAAUCUGAACCUUUGGCUGGGUAUUUCCAGUCUUGGUCCCCACUUUUUCACAACGAUACAAAAUGGCGCUGCCAGGAUGGGGAGAGAUGAGGUCUUCACUCCUUAGAGAUGCAUUUUGGACCCUCUUUUUGAUUUUCCAAGUGUUCGUGGGAAUGGGCUCUUGCGUGGAGUGUGACUCCAACUGUACGUGCAUCGGUGAUAUUUUGGACUGCAGCAACCGGGGAUUAGAAAGCGUUCCUCUGGAACUGCCCACCUGGAUAGUUCAUCUAAACCUGAGCCACAAUAAACUGACCGAGAUUGAUCCUUCUGCCUUCACAAAGCUGCCAAAACUACGGGAAGUGCGACUGAAUAACAAUGAACUGACAGCCAUUCCAUCCCUGGGAGCAGCUUCAGCCCACAUAACUUCCUUGUUCCUGAAUCGCAACCGAAUCCACGGCAUCGAAGCCAGCCAGUUGGAGCCCUAUGUUUCCCUGGAAACAUUAGACCUCAGCUCAAAUAACAUCACAGAAAUCCAAAGUGGCUGUUUCCCGGUGGGGCUUCCCAUAAAGGAUCUCUACCUGGGGAACAACAAGAUCAGCAUCCUAGACACCAAGGCUUUUAACAGCUUGUCACGAUCCCUGCUGACACUUCGCCUGAACAAAAACAGAAUUGUUCAACUUCCCGUCAAAGCAUUCAAACUGCCCCAUCUAACACAACUAGAGUUAAACCGGAAUCGUAUUCGUUUGAUAGAAGGGUUGACAUUUCAUGGACUGGACAGUUUAGAAGUUUUGAAGCUGCAGCGCAACAAUAUAAGCAAGUUGACGGACGGAGCUUUCUGGGGUCUGGCCAAAAUGGAGGUUCUGCACCUGGAGCACAAUGUCCUCACAGAAGUGAACGGUGGUUCCCUGUAUGGCCUGGUGUCCCUUCAACAAUUUCAUCUGAGUAACAACCUGAUAUCCAGUAUCAAUCCCGCUGGAUGGAACUUCUGCCAAAAGCUGAACGAACUGUCCUUGUCAUUUAACAACUUAACCAGACUGGAUAAAGGAAGUUUAGCAGAUCUGGGAAGCCUGGAGAUCCUUCACUUGAGUCACAACUCUGUCAGUCACAUUGCCGAAGGAGUGUUUAAGGGACUCAAAAGCUUACGUGUCCUGAAUCUGGAUCAUAACGAGAUUUCAGGGACAAUAGAAGACACCAGUGGAGCUUUUACGGGCCUGGAAAACCUAAGCAUGCUGACUCUGUUUGGAAACAAGAUCAAGUCUGUGGCCAAGGAGGCGUUCUCCGGCUUGGAGGCCCUGGAACACCUGAACCUUGGGAAUAACGCCAUACGGUCUAUUCAAGAGGAUGCCUUUGCAAAGCUGAAAAACCUGAAAGAACUACGCAUCAACAGCGAGAGCUUCCUCUGUGAUUGUCAGCUCAAGUGGUUGCCACUCUGGUUAACCAAGAAAAAACAACAGCUGUUUGUGGAAGCCACCUGUGCCCACCCAGAAUCAUUAAAGGGCAAAAAUAUUCUUGAAGUGGUCCCAGAAAGUUUUGUAUGUGACGAUUUUCCCAAACCCAAAAUUAUUGUUGAACCAGAAACUACUAUCGCUGUUCUUGGCAAAGACAUUCGUCUCACCUGCUCCGCAGCCAGUAGCAGCAGCUCUCCGAUGACCUUUGCCUGGAAGAAAGACAACGAGAUUCUUCACCAUGCCGAGAUGGAGAACUUUGCACAUGUCCGAGCCAGGGAUGGCGUGGUGAUAGAGUACACAACCAUUCUGCACUUGCGCCGUGUCACUUUUUCGCACGAGGGACGCUAUCAAUGCAUCAUUACCAAUCAUUUUGGCUCUACCUAUUCUCAGAAAUCUCAGCUUACCGUUAAUGUGUUGCCGUCUUUCCUCAAAACCCCCUAUGACAUUGCAGCCCGGACUGGAACAACUGCUCGGUUGGAAUGUGCUGCUCGUGGGCAUCCCCUUCCGCAGAUUGCUUGGCAGAAGGACGGAGGGACAGACUUCCCUGCAGCUCGGGAACGCCGCAUGCACGUCAUGCCCGACGACGAUGUCUUUUUCAUUACUGACGUGAAGAUAGACGACAUGGGUGUUUACAGCUGCACUGCUCAGAACUCUGCAGGUUCCGUGUCAGCCAAUGCCACCCUGACCGUGCUGGAGACUCCAAGUUUGGUUCAACCAUUGGAAGACCGUGUUGUGUCUGUUGGUGAAACUGUGGUUCUGCAGUGCAAAGCAACUGGAAGUCCACCUCCACGCAUUAACUGGCUGAAGGGUGACCAUUCUCUGGCUGUUACCGAAAGGCAUCACUUUACACCAGGCAAUCAGCUGCUUAUUGUUCGGAAUGUUGUGUUAGAAGAUGCUGGGAAGUAUACAUGUGAAAUCUCAAAUACAGUCGGAACAGAACGGGCACACAGCCAAGUUAGUGUAUUGCCUUCACUUGGCUGCCGGAAAGAUGGAACCACUUUUGGAAUCAUGACCAUUGCUGUAGUCUGUAGCAUCGUCUUAACAUCUCUGGUUUGGGUGUGCAUCAUCUAUCAUACCCGAAAGAAGAGUGAAGAAUACAGUGUCACAAACACAGAUGAGACUAUUGUACCCCCUGAUGUGCCAAGCUAUCUUUCCUCCCAGGGGACACUUUCAGAUCGACAAGAAAUAGUUGGGAGAGUGGAAAAUGGCCAACAGCCCAAUGGCCAAAUCCAGAGCAACGGUGUUUGCCAGCUCAUUAGAGGAAGGGACGCAGAGGGUGAUGCUCACUCUGUCAUUUACCGACAGCCAAAGAUAUGCUUAGGCUAUGAUAAAGAGUCUUGGAAAGGAGAGGACAUUCCCGAUAGGAUGCUUCUUACAGACAAUACAGCCUAUAGCCUGCCUGCCGCUUAUACUGACUAUGAGGGAAGUGUGGGUACCAAGAACGUUUAUCCCAAGGAUCCAGAUUACUAUUCUCUGGCGGCAGAGGCCAGGACUCCGAAUACUUCCAGUAGCAAGGAGCCCGACAAGCAUGAUGGUGCACUUACUGCUAACUGUCCUAGCCCUCUAAAAUGCAGCACGAAUACGGACAAUAGAAAACCAGAUAUCAGUGGCACUAUUUACCCUAGCAAUCAUGACAGGAUGUCAGCGGCUUGCCCAAGCAAGUCACCUCUAGAGGACAGCAAAGGUCCUUCACAGCUCUUGGCCGACUGUGAGCCUUAUAACUGUUUAUUGCCUGGUGAAGGCUCUCUGCUACACCAAAAAGAAAGUGCUGAACUAUCUGAGGCAUUACCUGGGGGAGAAGUGCAGCCACGGCUUGUCUCCAAUGGGCAUUUAACAAGGUCACUCACCUCACUCCCGGAGUCCAGCCACUGAAAGGCUGACAAGGGACCCAGGAAACUUGCGAGCGUGCUCCCUCUGUCUCUCCCACUUAUUUGCACAGAAUUAUCUAGGCUACUUCUACCUCAAAGUCUGAAUGGACAGCUUUGCAAAUUAAAGAAAAAGUGACAACUCCAUGAGGUAUAAGAAGCAAGCUUGAGUAAGGGAACAGAGCACUGUUUCUGCGUUGCCCGCUUGUAAAUAGUUGUUAAAACUUCCCUGAGAAGGAUCAGUGGCUCCAUGUUGGCUUGCAGAUAAAGCACAGAAAUGCAAAAUGUUACGAUGUAAAGUGAAAGAAGUAUUUGAUAACAAAUGUGUACAUAAGAGUUUUCAUAUAUAUAUAUAUAUAUGAAAUAUAUAUUUAUAGAUAUUUAUAUAUAUAAAUAUCUAUAAAUAUAUAUAUAUCUUUUAACAGAGGCUGUUUUAUCCCUUGGUGCAUGUGUGACUGAGUGAAAUUAUAUAAUGCUGACAAUAUGCAUUGUUUUUUCAUUGUUAACAGUUUUUUCUAUUUUUAAAUCUUUUCCACCCAUCUCCAAGAUAAAUAGUUCUGGUGUCGUAGUUAAAACUUUUGAGGUUGGGACCACAAACUUUACAUAGGGAAGAUCACACUGAUAAAAAUGCCCUUUCUAUGGUAACCCACUGUAAAGGUGUGCUAUUUGAGAGAAGUGCUCUACCUUCAAGAGCUGAACACUUAACCUUCAAAAUGUGUGCAUGCACAAGUGACAUUUCUAUUGAGACUACAAGCUGAAGAACUGUGUGUAGGCUCAGACAUGGAGCUGAGGAGAGUGUUCAAGCAGAUUAGGUGGAAUGUGUCAUUUGCCCCAGUGUUCUUUGCCAAUCACCUCUCAAAUAGCUAGCAUUGAACUGGUUCGUUAGUUUAUCUUCUCAGAGAUAUUGAUAGCACAAUGGUGGACAACACAUUUCUUCUGUAAACUUGAUCCCAAGUGAAUCCAUAGGAUUGUAAUGCUCUGAGCUUAAAGCAAACUAAAGUCUGCUCUUGUAACAUUGCUGUGCAGGGGUAAGCCAAAUGCUCCAAGGAUAUCUCCAAUACCUACUUUUUGAAACAUGACUGAAUCAAUGGCAGAGUUUCUAGUUGGUGUAAAUUGGCUUGCGCCAGAGGAGGGAGUGGCAGUAUACAGGAAUUUUUUAGGACACAUUGAAACAUUCUAGCACUAUGGUGCCUUGUGGAAUAUAUGCCUAUCUAUACAGUUUCAACCUUAAUAUAGAUGCAAGCAAUCUUGUGUAAAAUCCUGACUUCUGUUUAAAUAUUAAAUGUUCAUUGCACUAGCAAUGAUCCUUGUGGAACAACAUUUAACUGCCAAGCUCCCCUCAAAAAGCAGAAGGAGUAAGAAGAUUAUAGAGACAUCCUCAUGCUGUUUUAUUUCUCAUAGGAAGUUAUUGUUUUCUCUUGGCACCUUGGCACCAUUUUUAGAGAUUUCAAAAUAUAUUGCUAAUAUUGCUUAUGCAGUAACCUGACACACUGAACAAUCCUUUUGCACACGCACACCUAAUUUCCUUUUCUUUUCAAGUCAGACUUAGAAUUCAGGUUCAUAGAUAGUUGCUCAAAUUCUGAAGGUCUUCUCUGUAUUGAGAGAGACUUUUGACUUAAGAUCUAUCAAGGAGAAUUAUUCAAAAAGCGUGGAUCCCCUUAGGCUACUCUGCUUUAAUUUUUAUACAGUUUUAAGUUCAGUUAAGUGUUCAACACAAAUAUGAACACAUACAUAAAAACUGUUUUUAUAACCUAAGAGUGGAUUUUAAAAAUAAAAUUGCUAUCUUUUUUUUAUAUUGGUACUAUGUAGUUCCCAAAAGUCAAUUCUCCAGCCCACUUGACCAAUUGUAGCUCUGACCCAAAGUUGGUAAACAUAGGUUAGGACAUUGUCUGUAGGGCAACAUCAAGUUGUGUGUGUUCUUCUCCUUAUUUUCUUUACCUUGACUUAAAGGCCAGUUUCAGAGAAAUAAAGAUAGGAAACGUGAUUUAGUUUAGGAUAUUAGGAGUUCGUAUUAGGGACAUAAUAUAACAAAUGCUUUAUUUGUGGGAAGGGCAGAAUAGACUUGAUCUACUCUGAAAACCAAGAAAAGCUUUUUGGUAUGUUCUUAUAUUUACAGAUUGACUGUAAAGGGAACUUUGACACCAGAUUUUUCUCCUGGAACUCUAUUAAAUAGGCAUUAGAAGGCCAUCUGGCACAGGUUAUUUCUCUGUUGUGAGGUUUAGUAUCUUGCUACAGCAACUGGAUAGGAAACAGCCAGAGGCUUUGGUGUGCCAUGUGCAAGCCUUUUUCUACAUAAUUUUGUGAGCAGAGGGCUUUCUCUAAUUAAUAGGAAAGCUGUGGUAAAACAUACUCUCUCCCUUUAAGUAAGGGAGAGCUUUUAAAUAUCUGAUUACUAUGGCAUCAAAUUACUCUUCCUUCUCCUUCAGUUGGCAGAUGUAUAGCUUUAUAAGACAAGUUUUGUCAUCUGCUUUUUAGCUGAACCUGGACUUUCUGAAGUAAUGCAUCAUUUCAUCAUCUCCCUAUCUCCAGACAAUUAAACAUACUCGGACUUUGGAAUAGGAGUCCAAUGAUAUAAGGUGCCAACUUGUAGCUUAUUUGGUGAUUUUAAAGAAAAAGGGUCAGCUAAUAGGGAAACAUAUUCAGGGUGCAUUGUUUGUCUUGUUCAUAAAGAGAGUAAGUGACAUGCUUUCUAAAGAAAAGUGAACUUGUAAAGGUUUGGUUACUAGAUGAAAAAGGUAAAGGUGAAGAUAAAUGGGGAAAGGCAUAGGAAAAAGGUAUCACCAUUGGAAUUGCUAAGCACAUUUGCCAUAUUAACAUUUUGGGAAAUUUAGUUUUGGAUGUUUAAAUGUUACUUCCACUAAAUAUGUGAAUCUGCUGCUUCUGAGAGGCAAUGUGAAAGAGGAAGUAUUAAUUUUUGUGUAAAAAGUUAUUUAUUUAUUACACUAAUAUGGUACAAUGUUGUACAUUGAGAAUACAUUGUAAAGAUAUUGGAAGUGUUUAACAAAUGGCAUUGAAGUGUCUUUAAUAAAGGUUCAUUUAUAAUAUCAA